CUAUCUACCUUAUCUCUAUCUCACAACAGACUCAUUUGAUUUUUUCUUCAACUUUGAAGAACUUUGAAGAACUGCGGAGGCGAAACCCUAUCUUGCGUUGCAACCUCUCUUUCUUCUCCUUCUCAAUACAGAAGAUGAAGAAGUUCACAGGAAUACAUAAUUUCAGUUGAAGUCAUAAACCUAAUUUGAAGACAUUGUUGCAUUUGAGUCGGGCAUAUUAUUCUUAAAGAUGAUGAAGAUGAUAGCUCUAGGGUUUGAGGGGUCAGCCAAUAAGAUUGGUGUUGGGGUUGUGACCCUUGAUGGCUCAAUUUUAUCAAACCCAAGACACACCUAUGUUACCCCACCAGGGCAGGGAUUCCUUCCCCGAGAAACUGCCCAACACCAUCUCCAACACAUCCUGCCGCUUAUCAAAUCUGCUCUCAAGACUGCGCAGAUAACCCCAAAUGACAUUGACUGUCUUUGUUACACUAAAGGACCAGGCAUGGGUGCGCCAUUACAGGUUGCCGCUGUUGCUGUUCGGGUUCUUUCACAGCUUUGGAAGAAACCCAUUGUUGCAGUAAAUCAUUGUGUUGCUCAUAUUGAGAUGGGAAGGGUUGUCACUGGAGCAGAUGACCCUGUUGUGCUAUAUGUAAGUGGUGGGAACACACAGGUGAUUGCAUAUAGCGAGGGGCGGUAUUGAAUUUUUGGUGAGACUAUAGAUAUUGCUAUUGGGAAUU